AUUCAACGAAAAGAAAAAGAGCGCUGUCAUUGUGUUUUCGUUGUCAUCAGCAUCGGUUGUUUGUCCAGUCUUGUUCAUUACAUUUUUAUUCGAAAAAAACCACAAAUUUGUGUUGAAAGAUGGGUAAAAAAACAGCGUGUCGCAUUUGCGAUAGUAAAUAUGCACCAAAUUUUUCGAAUCUCUUCCAUUCGAAUGUAAAAGUUUACGAAAAUGAAAACCAUCAGAUUUCAUACUUUGAAGCGAUGCAGCAAUUGACAGGCAUAGAGAUUGAAUAUGGUGAAAAUGUGUCGAAUUAUAUUUGUUUUGAUUGUCAAAGUCGGGUGAAAUUGGCGUAUAAAAUUCGUGGCGAGUUGAUCAAAGCGCUGGAAGUGAAAAAGAAAAAGAAAACCAUUCAGGUGUAUCAAUUGAUUACGAAAAGUGACCCAAACGACGGGAAAAGCAUUGACGAUGGCUCAGGUGUACAUGAAGAACUGGUGGAAAUUGCCACGAUCGAAGAAGAUGAUUACAACGAUACCGAAGCCACCGAACAAAUCUAUGUGGAAGAAACAAAAGCCGAAGAAGAUGAGGAAGAUGAGGAGGAUGACGAAUAUUUGCAUUUGAACGAACAUGAAACUGAACUGAUUACAGAUGAACCAAAUGCCGAGGAGGAGCCAUUGGACGCGGUCAGCUUCUUGUUGGAAAAGAAAGAGCUGUUCAAAAGCGAUCCGAAUGCUGGCAAAAAGAGUCGACGAAGCCACAAGUGUGAAGUGUGCGAAAAAACAUUUAUGCGUAAAUCAAAUCUCGUCGAUCAUCUACGACUUCACGCUAACGUUCGACUGUACAAGUGCGAGUAUUGCGGCAAAGAAUUUGUUCAGGCUGGCAAUUAUCGGUCACAUUUACGAAUUCACACCAAGGAGCGGCCGUAUAAAUGUUCUAUGUGCCCAAAGACGUACAAUCAGUCGAGUGCAUUGAAAGUGCACAUUCGGUCACAUACAAAUGAAAAGAAUUACGUUUGCAACACGUGCAAUAAGGGCUUCACAAAUUCCUCCGAUUUGAAUAAGCACAUCCGAGUACACGAUCCCAGUCUAAAAGUGAAGUGUGAGCACUGCGACAAAACCUUUGCUCAGCGAGUAAAUUUAAAGAACCACAUUUUGCGUCAUCACAACACCAAGGCGAAAAAAGUAGCGAAAACGACUUAAUAUUGUGUAUAAGCUUACUUGUAAUUCCAAUAAAGACAGACACGUUGUAAUGAA